AUGUCACCGCUUCGGGAUGUACCAUCACUGCCAUCCUCGUCAUCAAUUUCGCAGUCAUUGUUAGGCCUUCGACCAUCACCGCCCCUGAAGGACCUUUCUGGAUUGCAACGAAACUAUCAACCGUCACUCAACGCUCACAUGAAAUCUCACGCAAUGAAAGCUCGAGCCGAAGCCGAAGCGAAGGCACAAGUUGAUGCUCAGUUGGCAGCGCAGUCCAAUGCGCUCCAGAACGGACAUCUCAACCUUGCUGGGUUGUCACCUUCACUGCAGGGCGUCACUCAGUCAUUGCCCACUGUCUCAAGCCAUCCAGCCAGUGGACUUAACUUCCAGCACGGACUUUCUCACAGCUUACUGUCAUCGCAGGGUAUUGGAUUGCCGCACCCACGAGCGCAGCAUCCAUUGCUGUCACAAGUUCAUUCCGCCAUCAUACACUAG